UAGUUUUACUUUUAGCUUGUUUUUCGUAUAAUUGGAGCUGCAAAAGUAGAGGGGGCGUGGCUACCAGAUCUCCAUGACAAGUGCUAAGGACAAACAUUCUACUGAAUAAAGUUUACAGACGACAAACAGACAAACGAUCCUUUGCUAUGCCCCUAGGCCAUGGAGGAGUCAGGCCAGGAUGCAGUCAAGAAGAAAAGAGGGAGAAUUGUGCUCAAGGCUAACAGUAGGAGUGGCAGUCAGCCAUCACUGGUCUCAGACCAACCUCCUCUCAUUGAUCACACUGAUGGAGCUCUCGAGAAAAUGGUACACACUCGCAAUCAACUCAAGAAGGAAAUUUUUGGACAGACAUUUGAAGGAAAUGGACUCCAUUCGUACCCUCCACCCUUCACCCCUGUACACACCAGUGGACUCCAUUCGUACCCUACACACUCCACCCCUGUACACACCAGUGGACUCCAUUCGUACCCUCCACCCUCCACCCCUGUACACACUACACAUCACGUGCUGCACACACAGUCGUCUCGAGGAGGUACUCGAUUAGAAACUCAUUACCCAGGGGCCACCUCAUCCGCAAGCUCUGAUUACGACGAACCAGACUUCUACGUCAGCAACCAUCUUAACCACGCAACCACACCAUUCUCCCGCCAGUCACAUGACAUGCAGACAAGCUCCACUAAUAGUUCACCUCUUCACCAACCUGUCAAAACACAAAAUGCAGGAAUUAAAGGAAAAUUAAAACGAAAUCAAGUUCAUCCUCAGUCACAAGACAACAACAGUAACUUAUUGGAGGGGUUUUCCCCGCCCCCAGAAAAUGGCCGCACUCGAUUCAACAUUCCAGACCUCACAAUAACUGAUCGUAGUCAACACGGAAAUACUGCAACCACUCAAAAUAAUAUUGAAGAAACCGAUGACUUUAACUCAACUCUCCGAGUGGAGAAGAGAUUAUUCUCCACAAGUGAUUCAUUGGGCUCCACUCUCUCCACCACAAUAACACCUCUGCUGACCUCUGACCUCCGCAAGGGAGGCAGGAAACCAUCGGAGAAAGUUUGCUUUGAAUUUGACGCUGAGAGUCAAUUGCUGAGUUGUUUCCCGGACAGACAGUUACAAGUGUUCAUCGUCACCUGGAACAUGCAGGAGAGGAAGCUCCUCCCUGACUCUCUGGAUGACCUCCUCUUGCCUCUCUCACAACACACUGCUGCAGACAUGUUUGUCAUUGGCACACAAGAAAGUACACCAUCAAGACGAGAGUGGGAAGUGUUACUACAGCAGACCCUGGGGCCAGCCUAUGUCCUGGUACAGUCAGCAUCACUGGGGGUCAUUUACCUCACACUCUACCUCAGACGAGACCUCAUCUGGUUCUGCUCUGCUGUCCAAUGUUCAACCUUUGCUACUCGGCCAGGGACCCUCAUCAAGACAAAGGGGGGCGUGGCAGUCUCUUUCACACUCUUUGGUACCUCCUUCUUAUUCAUCACCUCACACUUCACAGCUCACGAUCAUAAAGUUCAGGAGAGGAAUUCUGACAUGCAAAGAAUAGCCGCUAGUUUAACACUCUGUCCAGAUUCAAGUGACAAAGGCAUAGUGUUGAGUAAGUACGAUCAUGUGUUCUGGUUCGGGGACCUCAACUACCGAGUGGAGGCCACCAGAGAACAAGCAGAUCAUUCCGUAGCAGCACAAGACUGGAUGGCACUCUUACUCAAGGACCAACUCACAAGAGAGAUACUGCAAGACCCCUCUACAACCAUGCACAGUGUUGGUGUGACUGUUGCUACUAUUACAGAGAGGUUUCACUGUGUACUUACAGGCAAUGUAUUUCAAGGGUUCUCUGAGCAGCCUAUCUCUUUCCCACCCUCCUAUAAGUUUGACUCAAAUUCAAACACUUACGACUCUUCAGAGAAGAAGAGAAUUCCUUCGUGGACAGAUCGAAUUUUGUUCAAGUCACUGAAUGGCAGUGGAAUCACAGGCUGUGGGUACAGUAACUGCUCUGAACUGAAGAUCUCAGAUCACAGACCAGUGCAUGCUGUGUUCAAGGUCGAGUUAGAACCCAGUAAACAACUGGACGGUGUGCCAGAAACAAUCGUCUCUUUUGAUAGAAGCACUUAUUCACAAGCUCAGCAACGCCGAAGGCAGCUGGCAGAGGAGCUCAGUGUACCAACAGAGGAGACUGAUGGUGCCUCUAGACAACCCUCCAACCACGUCACUAGUUCUCUGUGUGUUCUUCUGUGAAGCUACAUUCCUUAAUUCUGAUUCUUUCAUAAAAUUGCAACCCACGAAUUUCAUUUCAUUCUGUAUUCCCAAUAUGUCAUUUUUUGACUUGUCAUAAAAAU